GCCAAAGAGACACACAGGCAGUCGUUUACCGUUAACAGUUAACCGUUGCUCUAGCCCGAACCGAAUCGAAUCGAAUCGAAUCGAAAGCCAAAGCCAAAGAGUGAAACAGUUACCAUUCGAUAUCCCGAUAUCUCGAUAUCUCGAUAUCUCGUGCGUGUUUUUUUCUCAUCAAAUGUCCGAGUGUUCCGAUCGCACGGAAAUUGUUUUUUAUUGUGUCCCCCAGCUGUAACUCUAACUGUGCCGGCCAUGACCGUUCCACGAGUGCUAUAAGAAGACCCUCCUGCUCUGCCCCUCUCCUCCCACGAACAGUUGCCGCAAGAGCGCGUCCGCCCGGAGAGACAAAGCGAAAAGCCGUCGGCACAAUGCAGGCCACCAAAAUGCGCACCCCCUUUGCCAUCCAGGAGAUCCUCGGCCUGGGCCAGCAUCAGCAGGUGGCCGCCGCUGCAGCCACGCCCAGCUCCACGGAGGCGCCACUAUCGCCGGCCGCCACUCCACCGCCCCGCAAUGCCAACACGCCAGCCAGCGCGGCCUCAGGCGCCUCCGGACUGCAGCAGCAGCAGCAGCAGCUGCAACAGCAACAACUGCAACAGCAGCAACAGCAGCAGCAGAUCUCCCAGGAGGCGGCCGUGCGGGACUCGCGCUCCCUCUCGCCCUGCCCGGACGUGACACGACUAUCGGCAGCCGCGGCCGCCGCAGCCGCUGCCGCCGCCCACUGCCAGCUGCCCGUCUUCAAUCCGGCCAACUUCUACGCGGCCGCCGGCUAUGCGGCCGCCGCGGACCCCUCGAACGCGGCGGCGGCCCACCACCACCACAUGACCACCCUGGCGGCGGCGGCCUAUCUGCGCGGCUUCCUGCCGCCCGGCUUCAGCACGCCGCACGAGUUCCGGGGCCACUUCCAGCAGCACUUUGGAGCCCAGUUCGCAGAACAAGCGGCCGCACGUGGUCAGGAGUACGCCAGCAGCCUGGCCAACGCCAGUGGCGAUGAGCAGUCGCCCAGCAAGGCCGGCGGCAGUGCAGGCUCGGGCGCCGCCCCGGGCAACGGCAACGGCAACGGCAACGGCAGCAGCAACGGACAUCUCGGGUCUCCGCCCAGCAGCAACGGACCCGCCGGCGAGGCCGGAUCGGGGGCCUCCGCCUCCGGGUCGGCCCUGGCCAGCGCCUCCGCCUCGGCGGCCGGGGCAGCCUCCGCCAGUCGGUCCUCGCCCGCCGGCGGCGCCGCCAGCCACCAUCACGCCGCUCUGGCGGCACAUCAGCAUGCGGCAGCCGCUGCCGCUGCGGCCCAUCACCAUGCUGCCGCUGCGGCCGCCGCCCACCAUGCCCACCACGCCCAUGCCGCCCACCACGGCCACCCCCACCUGCACGCCCACGCCGCCCACCAUGCGGAGGCAGCCGCCUUCCUGGGCGCGGCCGGAGGGGCCGGCGGCAACCCCAACAGCCUCCUGGCCGGCCACGGCGCGGACGUCCUGGUGGGCCCCGGCGGCGCCGGGCCCGGCGGCAAGAAGAAGAACAAGCGGCGCCACGGCCGCACGAUCUUCACCAGCAGCCAGCUGGAGGAGCUGGAGAAGGCCUUCAAGGAGGCCCACUACCCGGACGUGAGCGCCCGGGAGCUGCUCUCCAUGAAGACGGGCCUGGCCGAGGACCGCAUACAGGUGUGGUACCAGAACCGGCGUGCCAAGUGGCGCAAAACGGAAAAGUGCUGGGGCCACAGCACGAAGAUGGCCGAGUACGGGCUGUACGGGGCGAUGGUGCGCCACUCGCUGCCGCUGCCGGAGACAAUCAUCAAGUCGGCGAAGGAGGACGAGUCGGUGGCCCCCUGGCUGCUGGGGAUGCACAAGAAGUCGCUGGAGGCCGCCGAGCUGCUGAAGAGCGACGAGAGCGACCGGGAGACGCCCACCUCGGACGACACCAACACCAGCUACUCGGCCGGCAGCACCCACAACUCCCCCAUCUCCAGCUUCUCCAUCUCGCGGCUCCUCUUCGACGCCCCGCCGCCCGCCGCGGGCAAGCCGAGCAAGCACCAUGCCCACGCCCACGCCCAGGCCCAGCAGGCGGUGCAGCACGCGAUGCACAUGCACCACCACGGCCCCGCCGGCUACGCUGAGGCAGCCGUGGCCGCUGCCGCCGCCGCCGCUGCUGUGGCAGCCGCUGCCAAUGCCCGGAACGCGGCCGCCGCAGCCGCUGCCUCCGCGGCCGUGACCGUCGCCGAGUCGGAGGAGGAUCCGGACGAGGACGAGGAGAUGGACAAGGACUGCGACCCGGAGAUCGACGGCGACAUGGAGGUCGCGGCCGACGCGGACGGAGACGCCGACGGCGACGGCGACGGCGACGGCGAUGCCGACGGGGAGAUCGACAUCUGCGACGACCACGACGACGAGGUGCACAUGCACGAGCAGCUCCUGCUGAAGGUCAAGCAGGAGCAGGCCGCGGGCGGCUCCUCCAGAUGAAACAUGUACAUCGAUGUGUUGUUCUAAUUCAGCAGACAACCGGCAACGAAGCGCAACGGGAACGCCCCGGAGAGACGCCUCCGGGCGUGGCAAUGAACCCUUUUCUAAGCAUAAUCUAAUGACAUUAUUCAUAAACGUAAACGUAAACGUAAACGCAAACCUUAAAACGGAACAAAACAUUUUUUUUCAUAGACCUAAGAAGCACCCAAGCAUAAAUUCGCGUAAAUCGUAUCCUACGGAUCGCACGGAUCGCACGGAUCGCACGGAUCGCACGGAUCGUAUACACCUAGAUACUAUAGUACCAUAUUCAAUGGAGUUUGUUUGCCCUUUUUUUUGUCUAGAGAUUGUAAAUAUCUAAGAGGUGGAACCCGUUCGGAGCUACGAUUUGCAAAAAUUUCUAAAAUACGCUAAAUGUGAUUUAAUUUAGUUAUCGAUUCUGAACAAGGCUUUUUAUCGUUUAAGAUCAUUUUUUUUCCUCGAAAAUUAAGUUUUAAAAAUCCCAUAUUUUUUUUUUUUUUUGUGUCGCAU